CCUGCCCCAGCACCCGAGCGCAAGCGCAAAUUCAAGGCACGCAAAGCAGCCAUGAGGCUGACCCCGACGGCAGUGGAGCAGCUGCGCACCCUACUCGAUUCACCAGAACCGAAGUUGAUCAAGGUCGGCGUGCGCAACAGGGGAUGCAGCGGGCUGGCCUAUCACCUCGAGUACGUGGACAAGCCAGGGCCUUUCGAUGAGGAGGUACUACAGGACGGCGUCAAGGUUCUGAUCGACAGCAAGGCGUUGUUCAGCAUCAUCGGAAGCGAGAUGGAUUGGGUUGAGGAUAAGCUGAACGAGAGGUUUAUCUUCCGGAAUCCGAAUAUUAAGGAAGAAUGCGGUUGCGGGGAGUCGUUCAUGGUGUAA